CGCUUUUGUCGUGAAAAUUCGACAUAGCUGGCAGUUUUUGAAGGAUAUUUAACACAUAUUCCUGUAAAAAACUGAUUUGAAUUGUCCAAAAUGGUGAUGCCAAAAUCGAAAAACACCAUUGGCCUCGGAAGAGCCAUUCAAGCGGACUUUGCAAAGUCUCGUAAGAACAGAAAAGGUGGAUUGAAGCAUACUACGGAUUUGGACCCAAGAGCAAAAAAGCCAGCCUUGCGAUCUGUAACUCAAGAAAGUAAUCUCGAUGAGUUUUUGAAUACUGCUGAAUUGGGAGAAGUAGAUUUUGUGGCCGAAAAGCAAAAUGUGAAAGUAAUUCAAAAUCCUGAGCAAAACCCCUUUUUGCCAACCGUGGAAGAAGCCAAGAAUUCAAGAAAACGCCAAGAGCAAAACAAGGAUCGUCUUACGAUUCCCCGUCGUCCUCGUUGGAACGAAUCUACCACCCCCGAAGAGCUUGAUAGAAUGGAAAAAGAUUCAUUGUUGGAUUGGCGACGUAACUUGGCUCAAUUACAAGAAGUAGAAGGGUUCGUCGUUACUCCCUUCGAGCGUAACAUUCAGAUUUGGAGACAAUUAUGGCGUGUCAUUGAACGUUCUGAUGUGGUUGUUCAGAUUGUUGAUGCUAGAAAUCCUUUGUUUUUCCGUUCCGCAAAUUUGGAAUACUACGUUAAGGAGGUCGAUCCUAAGAAAAAGAACUUUUUGUUGGUCAACAAGGCUGAUAUGCUCACUGCUGAACAAAGAAAGUACUGGGCUGCUUACUUUAAUGAGCACAAUAUCUCCUAUCUCUUUUUCUCUGCUCGUCUUGCUGCCGAAUCAAUUAUGGAAGAAGCUGAAGGAGUUGUAGAUGAUGUUCCUGAAAGUCUAAAGGCUUCUGAAACCCAUACUGAGGACCAUCGCAUUGCUACUUUGGAUACUCUGUUGGGAAUUUUUGAAACUUAUGCAAAUAACUAUGCGAAGGACAAUGGAAAAUUAACUUUUGGACUUGUUGGUUAUCCGAACGUUGGUAAAUCAUCCACUAUCAAUGCUUUGGUUGGCCAUAAAACUGUUUCGGUCUCUUCUACACCCGGUAAAACCAAGCACUUUCAAACCAUUAAUCUGACUGACAAGGUAACCUUGUUAGAUUGCCCAGGUUUAGUAUUCCCCUCUUUUGCUACUACACAAGCAGAUUUGGUUGUGGAUGGUGUUUUACCUAUUGACCAAAUGCGUGAGCAUACUGGUCCGUCCGCCAUGUUGGCUAACAGAAUUCCCAAAGAAGUGCUGGAGAAAAUUUAUACCAUUAAUAUCCGCACCCGUCCCAAAGAAGAGGGUGGAUCCGGUGUACCUUCAGCUGAAGAGGUGUUGUUCCCAUAUGCUAGAUCUCGUGGUUAUAUGAGAGCACACCAUGGUACGCCUGAUGACUCGAGAGCAGCAAGGAUCUUGCUUAAGGAUUACGUGAACGGUAAAUUAAUCUAUGUUCACCCACCACCUAACUAUCCUGACUCCGAUAUGCAAUUCAACAGAGAACAUCAUCUCCAUUAUCUUUCUUCGGUUGAUGAAGACGUUAACCGAAAGCUUCAAAAUGCUAGCCUUGCAGAUAAGUUGGCUCUUCGUGAAAGUGAAGAAAUUGACAAGGAAUAUUUUUCAGAAAAUCCUCAUGUUCGCUCAUUCGUGCGUGGAACUGCUGCUUCUAACAUUCAAGGCCCUGAAUACAAAGGGAGAAACACGACUCAGGCUUUUCAACGUCGUUUGAACGAUGAUGGCACUCCAAAAUAUCCAAUGAACGCUCAAGGAAAACCAUUGUCACGUCGCAAAGCUCGUCAAAUUAGUUCUUUGGAAAUAGGAGUAUCUCCCGACGCUGUCCUGGCUGCUUCUUCCAAAAAGCACAACAAGAAAAACAAGCGCACAAAGCAACGUAGUGGUAGGGUGUUAGAUGAUUUUUAAAUCAGUGUUAGGAUUCAGCUUUUUAAUUUUUUGGUUUUUUUUGGCAUGUCUGUUUAAUGAUAUUAUUGGGUAAAUAAGGAUUUUUCGGUUGUUCCUAAACAUGUUGUUUAAAAUGUAGAUAUAUAUAAUAUGUUAAUAAAAAAUAAAUGUCCUAUGGAUAUUGGCAUUCAC